AUGUUUCGCGCUUUUCAUCAAAAACCCUUUUCGGUGGGAAUGAACAUGGACAAAGACACACGAGUGUUUUCCGGAGAAUUGAAGCUAGCUCCCAAGAGAGGUAGGAGCUCGAAGAAAAAAGACGGCUUCGAUAUUGAGGGCAAGGAAUAUAUACUGCCAAUAAGAGGAGAUAUACCAAGCAGCAUUGUCACCUCGGCGCCAACACUGGAGUACAGGUUCCUGCAGCUCACAGAUGGAGACUUCAAGCCCAUGGACUCCGCUUCGAGGAAGCUAAUUAGAAGUCAUGUGAUGAGAAAUCAUUUCCAGGAGAUGAAAGUUCAGUUGGGGGAUCUUUCUCAUGCAAAUUCAACUUCCACUGUUAGUUCGAAGGACCGACUGAAAGGCCGUUGGAGGUUGGCGAAGCAGCCUUCAGUCCGCGGUACGAAGCAGGUGAACUCCAACGACGACAAAUCAAAGGAAACAUCGGGACUUUCUGCUUCACUCUCCCUUUCUGAGAUCGUGGACUGGCCUGCUCCCGUGAAAUAUACAGGCUCACAUACGCAAGUGAAAACUUUUCACGGCGAUGGCUUGGCACAUAACGUUCCUCGUUUGGAGGCGUUUCAAGCUAAUGUUCGAGACCCAUUCGAUUCGAUGCCUGUGGCAACGAGCAACCCUCGUACAAACCGUUUAAUGCAUUUCUAUCAAACUGAAUUCAACAUCAAUCGAAUAGCACAAAAUCCUACGAAUUCAUUUUACGGUUACGUUGUUGAAAAUGAAGGGUUAUUGCACGGUAUGCUGUCUAUUGUAGCACUUUACAUGCAUGGUCACCAUGGCUUGCCUGUCAAACAAGAUAUUUUGUAUCAUCGUGGCCAGGCGAUGCAGAUAAUUAAUCGGGACCUUUCUGAUCCUACAAAGAUGAAUAUGUCUUCUCUCAUGAGUAGUAUGACAUCAGUAGCCGUUUUUGAGAAUUUAUGCGGGAAUUAUUUCAAUGCCAAGGCUCAUCUAGUAGCCAUGAGAUCACUCAUCAAAGCCGCUGGUGACGUCAAGAGCUUGGCAACGAACGAUUCUAUUCUGAGAGCUGUUGCAUGGGCCGAGUAUCAUUAUGCAGCAGCAACUCGUAACCUGCCUGGUUACAAAUACUCUGCGAUCGAGUGUGGACAUCCAAAUCCUCUUUUACCAGAGAAACUCCUGUCAACAGCGGCAAAGCAUUAUCCUUAUACCCUUGAACUUAUCAAUGUGUACGGCCAUACGCUAUUUAGCAUAUUUCGCCGUCUACGGACAAUUUCAAUUGCCACAACAUCGCAGUGGACGACCACCCGCGAGAACGAUCUCGAGUUUCGUUACGCACUCAGUAAUGUCAUGCUCGACACUGAGUAUGAUAUGAUUGCAUUAGCUUAUGACCUGAGGCUCCAAAUCGCGACAAUGGCGGCCCCUUCGUUAGAUUUGGUUGUGGUGUGUGAUUCUAUAUGUGUGGUGGGGCAAAUAUUCUUUUACGCAGGAUUGAGGAUCAUGCCAUUGGGUACUAGAACUGUUGACUUGUAUCUAUCCCGUCUUAGACCAGUCCUAUAUUCCAGAUCUAUCGAAAGCUGGAAGGCUCAGGCACCGAUGGAGUUGUUGCUCUGGACUCUCGUGAUUGCAGCGACUGCCUCGAAUGGACGGGCCGAAUAUCUUCCUGCAAUGAACAAACUCAGAGAGCUUUGUUUGAAGAUGAAGAUCGUGGACGAGAAGCAGUUACUCACCUCUUUGAUUACCUUUCCAUGGAAUGAGGCAUUUCAUGAGUUGGCUAAGAGUGUGCUUAGGGAUGUCUUUCGCGGAGCAUCGUACUUGUUAGUUUCUGACGACGUAAGCAACACGCUUACAGAAACUCCCUUGGACCAAUUUAACAUGUUCCAAGAAUAA